AUGCCGAAAGUUGUAUCCAGAAGCAUUGUUUGCUCGGACUCUAAGGACAAGGAAGAAUACAAUGAAACCGGCCCAUUAAAUAUUUACUACUGUUUAUGCGGUCAAAUGAGUUUGAUCUUGGACUGCACACUGGAAAAGCUACCACUUAGGCAAUUGGACGGCGCAAGGGUGAUCGAUAGCGCACGGCAUGCGAAUAAAGUUAAUGCGGAUCCCAGCGAAACCGUUUUUAUCCAGCGAGAAGCAGGCAUUGAAAAGCAGCAUCGCUUCAAAUGCAAAAAAUGUGGUCUGCCGUUGUACUACCGGCAUAACAAUGAUCCCCAGGUGACGUUCGUCAUACGCAGAGCACUGGUGAAGUGCAAGAGUGAGGCGAAAAUUUCAGAAAUCAUCAAAACUCCUAGUGCAACUCUCAAUCCCACGCUGGAACCGAAAAAAGUUAUGGUCACAAAGCACACGAAGAACAUGGGCAAGUUCAGCUCGGUAACUGUGUCAACUAUUGACGAAGAGGAAGAUGAGAUUGAGGCCCGGGAGGUAGCGGAUAGCUAUGCGAACAAUGCACGCAUCAUUGAGAAGCAACUAGAACGCAAGGGUGGCAAAACGAAUGAAGAUGUGCUGAAGGAAAAAAUCGAACCGCCUCCACCGAAGAAAACCAGAGGAACUCUGCUAGAUACAUAGAGGUUCACAAAGUUAGUAUGUGAUGGAUAGAAAAGAAUUUAGUUAGGUAAGGUAGAUUAAGAAAGGGGUUUAACGACGUACUAUAUGUUUGCGUUUGUGAUUUUUGUAUGUCCAUAUGCAUAAUA